AUGGUCCUCCCCCGGGGCAGCCUGAGGUCCCCAUCGCCUCGCAGCGGACGCUUUCGCAACGUCCGGUGGCAUCUUUCCAAGUCGAAAAGCGUGCUCCACAAGGACGAAGCUUGGACGACUCUUACCUUUGGCCACUGCGAUCGAUCCCAAAUCUCUCAAGGGUACCUCUCAGAGAUGGCAGUGACUGCUUUCCCCACCGCGGAGUCUUCUCCAGAGCUCACCCUCCUCAAUGUCGCUCGACUGUUUACUCGAUUGGAGUAUAAUCUCCUCAAUCCGGGCUCCGAGGUCCGCACGCUGCAUAAAUCCGAGCUUCAGCGGCUACGAGUGAGCAAGAAAGGGAGAGCUUGGGGGAAAUGUCGUGGUCCGGGCUCUUUCGGAUCGCCCCCGCUGCAGAACGUCGAAUACGCCCGCAACCUUCUCUCCCAACUUGAACGCUCGAUCCCACAAAUCAAAUCUUCCGACCGUCGGCAUGAAGCGCAAUCUGAAAUCGCGCGCGACAGACAAUUGCUCAAGCGGAUGCAGAUCAUUCUUGACGAGGAGGAGUCACGGACGCGCGAGCACACCGAUGACAGCGACGACGAGGAUGACCAGCAAUACACAGGCACAACUGACGAUGAAUGGAAGGAUCUAUUCGAGAAGCCGGCCGCCGCUCAACUUACAGACAGACACACGAGCGAGGCUGAUGCCCUGAAUGACGCCGCUACUGCGGAGGAUUCUGGGAAUGCUCGAACGAAGACGAUACCCCCGAAUAUGGAGACAUCGGGGUCAGACAGAGUACCUACGACAGUAUCUACUACGACGACCACCACCACCACCACCAACCCGUCCACAUCUACACCCGUUCCACCGUCUACCACUCUCCGUAAACGAAACACGCACCCCAAUCACCCCUCAGCGCCCACGUCCACACCCUCGACAGCCAUCUCCACCAGCACCAACGUCCAUCAACACCAACAUCAACCAUCCCCAGACCCCAACCUCUCAUCCAAAGAAGACGCCUUGAGCGCAGCCCGCCUCGAACAAGAAGACCUGACAGGAUCCCUUCUCUCCCUGGCAAGCCAACUGAAAGCAUCGUCGCAGUCCUUCCAGGCCACACUCGAGAAUGAAAAGUCGGUGCUGGACCGCGCCGUUUCGGGAAUGGACAAGACAAGUAGCACAAUGGAGGCUGCGGGCCAGAGAAUGGGCAUGUUAAGGCGGAUGACGGAGGGGAAAGGAUGGUGGGGCCGCAUGAUGCUUUAUGCGUGGAUUUUCGGAUUAUGGGUGGUUGCGAUCUUGAUCGUUUAUGUUGGGCCUAAGUUGAGGUUUUGA